GUGUCGUUGUCGCUGGGCGUCAAAAUUGUAGCUUGUGUUCAUGAUCGUAAGUGGCCAUCACGACCAUCAACCAAGAACACGAGAUCCCAUUAAUUACGCGUGAAUGAACUUUUGGUCCAUUUACACAGCACUUCGAAAUCUGCUAUUCAGACCCGCAACUCUUAUGUAGGACUACCUCCGACUAACGGUCCUGGCUCGAUACAUGCUGGCAAAAUUAACCAUUCCACGUCGCGCCGCAGCGACUAAUCGAAGUUGACAUCCUGGUCCUUCUUGAAUACGCGACAAGAUGGGCUCAAACGAAUACUAUGCUCCGGCAAAUUAUUACGGACAGAACAGCCAGUCAAAUGGUCAACAGUCCUUCGCAGGGUACGAGUCUCAGUCCUCGACAACCCCAUACAAUCAGAAUUUCUCAACGGAGUACCACGCUCCAGCUCAGCAUCCAAAUCAGGGUCAGGGCCAGGAUCGAAACCGUGCCAGUGUAUAUGCCACUACACAUCAAUCGCACAAUGCCUCGGGGUGGAAUGGAAGCUAUGAAGGAGCGCAAGACGGUCGAGCUGCUGAAGCGCUGCGCAAUCUGAGCAACACAGCCUACAACAACGGGGGCGCCUUAAGCAGUCCCGGCAUGCAAGCAGCGACAACGGCAGCACAUCGAUAUACUGCAAACUCACAGCAGACUACCAACAAUCGCACUACGACUCCUCCCGCGGCGUAUGUGAAUCGUCCCUCGCGACCUGCGAGCACUGCAGGACAGACCCAAUCGAGUGCACGAUACGGCCUUCCUAUGCCAGCGUCUGUGGCCUUCCCAUCACAAACGACAUACACGACAGCAGGUCCGCAAACCCGUACAGAAGCUCCCGCUUCAUAUGCUAGACCUACGUCUCAUGCAAGGGACCCCAGCAACGCCUCCAGGUCCGACCACAAUAGUAAUACCACUCAAACUCCAAGUCGUGGCAGCCCAAAAUAUCAGCAUCCGACUCCUAAUAGCGUCACUGGUACUUACGGGUCAACGACGACAAGCACUGUUGAUCCCAUCCAGGUGUAUGACCCUUGGCCCGAAAUCCAAAGAAAGCAGGAAGCUGCACGCGCGGCUAAGGCCGCCGAAGAUGCCAUCCGAGCGGAAGCUGCACGCAGAGCAGAGCAGGAGAAUGCACGCAAGGCCGAGGAGGAGAGGGCACGGUUGGCUGAAGAGCAGCGGAUCCGGGCUGAGCAAGAGAGUGCACUGAGAGCCGAAGAAGCUCAGAGACAGGCAGAGGCGCUUAAAGCGAAACAAAAAGAAGACGAAAAGAAAGUUAAAGACGAAGAGCGUAAAAGGAAACGGGCAGAGAGCAAGAAGAAAAGAGAUGAAGCCAAGGCUGCUGCGGCCGCGUCAAACAGCCCUGCUGUUCAGAAUGUCGAGCCAGUGGAAACUGCUGAAGAAGCAGAAAUCCGCGCAUUGAUGGCAAAGAUGCGUCAAUACAACACGAAGAACCCAACUCUGCUAGCUAAGAUUUGGGAAGAAGAACGCAAGGCGCAAGGUACUUCAUCACAGUCUCCAACGGUGCAACACAAACCGACACCCGUGGCACAGGCUACAACGCAGUCAGUACCCAUCAAACCUACCAAGGGUCAGACAAACGGCGUAAAGGCGACUCCAACUCCACAAAGUAUGGCACCUGCAGUUCAGCCACCCGGGCCCGCCGUCUCCGCCUCGCGUGCUCCAUCUGCCAGGCCCGCCCCGAAGUCAUCAGCAGGGGCUCUCUGGCCCCCUGAAAAGAGAGAAGCCCUCGCAGCCGCUGCGGCAAGAUGGCUGAACAGCCAACCUGCAAAUGUCGACAAGAUCGUCUCAGCUAAAGAGAUUUGCGACAAGCUUGACAAGAAUCCAACCUACAUCGAGCUCUGUGAAUGGUUUGAAUCUCGCGCAAUUAAGCUUGACCGAGCUUCGUUUGCGCGACAUCUUUUGGAAGCAGUUCCAGAUGUUAAUUCGGCAUAUCGACAGCACAGACAACGUGACGCGCCUAAGAGAUCUCCUUCGACCACUACACCUCUCAACGGAGCGCCGACAUCAUUGCCUGCAGCCACAAGUAGUUCCACGAUACUCCCUACUACGAUCUAUCCCGGACCCUCAGUCGCUUACGAAAGUCCAAGCUAUGCUAAAUCACCCUACACAGCGUCCGGUCCUCGAAAUGACGGUGCAUCUACUAUGUCCAAUUACCCAGAUAUUCCCGCUGGCGGCUCCACUACCCCUUACUUCACGCCAGACCUGCCCGUUGCUUCCAGUUAUGACUCCGAUAAUGCUCCGCCUGUCGACGAUAUAGGAUCUGCUCUGACAGUACCAAAGCCGGUUAUGAGCCAGCCGAAGAGCAAAGAGGAAGCUGCGCGAAAACGUAACUUCAGCGAUCUAAUCGACCUAACAGCAAUUUCCGAUGAAGACGACCCCCUCCCUCCGAAACGAAUUAACACGGGGACGGUUUCAUACACUUCACAGGCGCCUGUCGCAAACUCGCAAAUACCACCGAAGUAUGAUGUGUCUGCGACAGAGACAACAUUUCAAUGGCAGCAGCCGAAUACGAGCCAGCCAGCAACGAACGCAGUUCGAUUCGGGUCCGGCGCCGUCGCACCUGCUCCCUCGAAGGAUGACUUGAGCCAACUAGAUGUUGUCAAGCCAUUUGAUCGGAAGAAUGCACUUCGAAGAUCAACUUAUAAUUCUAAGACCAUCGCUCGUGACGUAUUGCUGGCAACUGGACGUCAUCCAGAUAUGCGUCCUCUUAAUGCGCAUCUAGACAUUCUCAAGACCACCUUCAGAUACGUCGACAAUUUCUCUGACCUCAGCACCUUCCGAUGGGGGCUUGUAGACCCAGGAGAGCCGCCGAAAGAGAUGCUGAUGAAUACGUUGGACGGUGACUUGGCUGAUGACGAAGACGACGAUUCGGAUGAUGAGGAACGUAGACAGCUGGCUCGACCGAGAAUGGCGCUUCAACAAGCGGUUAUCACUGGUGGAAACUCAGUCACGUCUAUGACGAUGGUUCCAAGUACACCCACAUUUCAUAAGAUCCCAAAACGAAGGGGCCGUCCGCCUUUGCACGGUCGUUCAGGCACCACACGGCCUUAUGGAUUUGGAGACGGCGAGCCUCAACCACAGUCUGCGCCCGUGGGAUCUGCACGCGAACAUCGACCUUCAGGUUACGGUGAUCGCAGACUACCUUCCUCACAAUCUGGGCCAAGUCAAACCCCAUCAUCUAAUCCCUCAGGUGGUGUUUAUAGCGCCCCUGGCAAAGGGACUGGAUAUGCAGCCUUUCAGCAAUUUGCAGCAGAUGGCACGCCUAUCAAAAGGAAAGGUCGACCUGUGGGUUGGCGCAAAGCCAUUCAUGGCUCUGCCGCCGCUCAAUCGCAUACAAGCUACCCGACUCGCGGAGGUAGGCCACCCAGUACCCUACGUAAUGCGACGACUGUGAACGAACGGACGGCUACUACCGAACCAUCUAACGGUCAGAAACGUUCCCCGGAGAGGUCAUUUAGCGUGUUCAAAUGUGGCUGGAAAGACUGUGUAGCUGAACUCCACAACCUUAAUACUCUUCGGAAGCACGUGUUCAAAGUCCACCGCAAGUUUUCCACGACUGGUGGUCUUGACUGUUUGUGGUCAGGAUGUGGUAGAGAUGUCAAAGAACGCGACGAGAAUGGCCAUGAGAGAUCCACCAGGAAGCCUCUCUGGUUCUCUUUAGAGGAACAAUGGAAAGCGCACAUCGAGUUACAACAUUUACAGAGCAUUGCAUGGACACAGGGUGAUGGACCAGCUAGUGGGUUAUCUGAUGCACAUGACUCUGAGAUGUCAGAAGCUUAUAUGUCAGACAGUCGUGGGCGACGGGUAACACCUAGGAUCACCUCAGCCUCUGGACAGCCAUCCUCUCAGGGACAGACUACCGACCAGCCCAGGAAGCCUGGCCGUCCACCGAAGAAGCCAGUGGAGGAAGAAGCAAGAGAGGCACAGAGGGAUCUUGAGAAUCGCAAACGCUCGUUUGGUCCAGGCGUUGACCAGGGCGGAUCGCGACUCGCAACUGACAAGCGACGGAUGGGCUUCAUUGACGAUGAACAUAUCGAAGAGGUUGUAGAUGCAGAAGAUUGACGGAAUUCAAGGGCUCGGGGGGAUCGUGAACGAUAGAUUAGAAGGUGUUAUCGUAGUGGGCGUAUUUCUUCGUAUUCUAAUAAUGCCCAGUUGAGAUGAGU